AUAAAAUUUGCAGCGUAAUAUUCGUGAACCGUUUAGAGUCACGACACGAACACAGCGAACAUCGUUCCGACGCUCCCAUCCACCUUCGUAAUCGGCGGCGGAGAAAAGCAGCGCAAGGAAGAGAAACCAGAAAGAAAUUCAGGUGAAAAAAAUCGCCACCAAUCAUGGCGGCUUCGAAAUUCAGGGCUCUCGGGGCUGUUAUGGCGGCGACGGGAGCGUCUUGGGCGGCGGCAACCCUCCUUUCCUCGCCGAUUUCCGCUGGUGAUCGCGGUUCCACUGCUGCGUUGGAGAGCUCGCGUCGGAGGAUCGCUGAUCCGGCGGCCUUCGUGCCCUCUAGGGAGGUUCAAGCGGCUGCGUUGAUGGGUGCUUCUGCGGCUAACCCCCUUGACAUUCUAGUGAUAGGCGGCGGUGCGACCGGCUGCGGUGUGGCUCUCGAUGCUGUAUCGCGCGGGCUGCGAGUAGGGCUCGUCGAGAGGGAGGAUUUUUCGUCGGGGACCUCGUCGCGCUCCACCAAACUUAUUCAUGGAGGGGUGAGAUACUUGGAGAAAGCUGUGUUUAAUCUUGACUAUGGACAGCUUAAGCUUGUUUUCCACGCGUUAAAGGAGAGGAAACAAGUUAUUGAGAAUGCUCCUCACUUAUGCCAUGCUUUUCCAUGCAUGACACCUUGUUUUGAUUGGUUUGAGGUCCUGUAUUAUUGGGUUGGAUUAAAGAUGUAUGAUCUUGUAGCUGGUAGAAGAAUGCUGCAUUUGUCCAGAUACUAUUCUGUAGAUGAGUCAAUUGGACUCUUCCCUACACUGGCCAGAAAAGGCCAUAAUAGAAGUCUCAAAGGAACAGUGGUUUAUUAUGAUGGACAAAUGAAUGAUUCUCGUCUGAAUGUUGGUCUAGCUUGCACUGCUGCUUUAUUGGGUUCAUCAGUGCUUAACCAUGCAGAAGUAAUAUCCUUAAUUAUGGAUGAGUCCAACGAGCGGAUAAUUGGUGCCCACAUUCGAGAUAAUCUGUCAAGAAAGGAGUUCGACACUUAUGCAAAAGUAGUAGUAAAUGCGGCUGGACCAUUUUGUGACUCUAUAAGGAGAAUGGCCAAUAAAGAGGCACCAAACAUGAUUUCUCCAAGUAGCGGUGUGCACAUAGUUCUUCCUGACUAUUAUUCUCCUGAAGGGAUGGGUCUAAUUGUUCCCAAGACAAAAGAUGGUCGUGUUGUUUUCAUGCUGCCUUGGUUAGGAAGAACAGUUGCAGGAACCACAGAUUCCAACACUGUCAUUACAAUGCUCCCAGAACCUCAUGAAGAUGAAGUACGAUUUAUUCUGGAAGCCAUCAGUGAUUACCUGAGUGUUCAGGUUAGGCGUUCUGAUGUCCUGUCAGCUUGGAGUGGUAUCCGCCCCUUAGCCGUGGAUCCAUCAGCCAAAAACACUGAGAGUCUAUCUAGAGAUCAUGUCGUCCAUGUCGAUCAUUCUGGUUUGAUCACCAUUACUGGGGGAAAGUGGACGACUUAUAGAAGCAUGGCUGAAGAUGCUGUUAAUGCCGCAGUUAGAUCUGGCGAGCUGAGUCCCAGCAAUGGUUGUGUGACUGAAAAUCUCUGUAUUGUUGGUGGAGAUGGAUGGGAGCCAGCAUCAUUCACUACACUUGCUCAAAAUUUUACACGCAUGAAGAGAACACAUAAUGGCAAAAUUAUUCCCGGCGUUAUGGACAGUGCGGUCUCUAAGCAUCUGUCGCAUGCAUAUGGCACUUCAGCAGAAAGAGUAGCUAUGAUUGCUCAGAAUGAAAAUCUAGGCAAGAGGCUUGCCCAUGGUUACCCAUUCCUGGAGGCUGAGGUAGCCUACUGUGCCCGGCACGAGUACUGUGAGUCCACCGUUGAUUUCAUUGCCCGGCGGUCUCGGCUGGCUUUCCUCGACACCGAUGCUGCGAGGAGGGCCAUACCCCGAGUAAUUGAGAUUUUAGCCUCCGAGCACAAGUGGGACAAGUCCAGGCGGAAGCUCGAGCUCCAAAAGGCUAAAGAGUUUCUGGAAACCUUCAAGUCAUCCAAAAACGCCCAGUUUAAUGAUGGAAAACAUACAGGUAAAUAAUUUAUUUCAACUUCAUCCCUCUCUCCAGACUCCUUUGGCAAGAGUCCCAUGCAUUGAGUAUAUUUAUAUAGCAAUAAAAGGCAGGUUGAAGCAACACGCGCCUCUUCGCUUCGACAAACUUCAGCUCAAGACUAACUUAACAAUAACACGAAGCCUGCCCCUGUUUUCUGUUACUUCACUCUUGUUUUUAAGCAAUUCCAUUGUAGUUGCUAUCUUUAUUUUCACUUUUCACAUAAUGGGAUUAUUAAUUCCCAAACCAUAUUGUUUGUUUAUUAUUAUUUUAAAGUGGUUAGGCUCA